AUGGACGAUGGAACUGAUGUCAAACCGACCAAGAGAAGGAGCAAGCAUGAGUCCGGCGCGCAGCUGGUUACGCAUCUUCCAAAAGUCGAUGAGGAGGCUCUUGAGACCUUCAGAGAAGUGGAAUCCAACGUAUACUUCUCCAAUAAGAUCGGCCGCAGCAAAGGGCAAAUGGACGGGAUGGUCUGCGAUUGUGUCUUUAAUCCGAAGCAGCUCAGCGGUCUCGUCGCUUGCGGUGAUGAGGCCGAAUGCAUCAACCGGCUGACACAAAUCGAGUGUUGCGAGGAAACCUGUCUGUGCAGAGAGCACUGUCAAAACCUGAGGUUUCAGAAGAAGCAGUAUGCUCAAGUGGACAUUGUCAGGACCGAGAAGAAGGGUUUCGGUCUGCGUGCAACAUAUGGCAUUGAAGCCGAUGCUUUUGUUUAUGAAUACAUCGGAGAGAUCAUCCCUCAGAACAGCUUCCUGAAGAGGAUGCAAGCCUACAAGGACGAAGGCUUGGAGCACUUUUACUUCAUGGCCCUUGCCCGCGAAGAGUACAUUGAUGCCACCAAAGUAGGCGGGAAAGCCAGAUUCAUCAAUCACAGCUGCAAUCCGAAUUGCUACGUCUCCAAAUGGCACGUCGGCAAGCACAUGCGUAUGGGUAUCUUUGCCAAGAGGCCGAUCAUCGCCGGCGAGGAGUUGAGCUUCAACUACAAUGUCGAUCGCUACGGCAACGACGCCCAGCCGUGCUACUGCGGGGAGCCCAACUGCGUUGGUACAAUUGGUGGGAAGACGCAAACGGAUGUUGCAGGCAUGGAUGAUCUCUUUAUCGAUGCUCUUGGUAUUAGCGAUGAGGUGGAUAUGGCCGGUGCGCGAGGAUCGAAGCAGAAGAAGAGCAAGCAACUCGGUAUCGACUUUACUCCAACGCUGAGCCCUGUACCCAAGGAGGAUGUGGCGAUGGUUGUCAAUGCUACGCGUCAAGCCACUUCGAAUCCUCGCAUUCUUCCGAUGCUGCUCACGCGAAUACAGCUGACUUCCGAGCCAGACGUCAAUCGCGCAUUCGUACAAUUGCACGGCCUCGUGUUGAUGGCUGGCGUCCUUGAAGAGUGGAAGGACAACAAGGAUGUGGUGAUGCUCGCCCUCGGCUGUCUUGCUCGGUGGCCUAUGAUCGCCCGUAACAAAGUCAACGACACAGGUAUUGCAGCACAAGUCAAGGAGCUUGUCAGCUCCAGCGAUGCGGAUAUUGCAGAGGUGGCCACAUCAGUCUCUGACAUGUGGAACGCGUUAACUGUCGGCUACCGAAUCGCUCGGCGAGAGUCAGGGCAGGGCUUUGCUGACGAUCCCAUGGUAUGGCCUGGUGCCGCUCCUUUACCAGUGACUAUGCUCAAGACAGUGGCCGAUGCUGUCACACAAGAUGCUCCCACGGACGUAGCCAUGCAAGAGCCGACUGAGGCCGAGAUGAGAGAGGAGGCCAUCUGCGAGGCACAAUUUUGGCCUGCUCGUCAAGCCACGCCGAGCAUUUCGGCGAUCAUCAAUCGUGCUAAGCAGAGAGCAGAGCUGGAGCGGCGGAUGCAAGAAGAGGCUCUGGCGUCUGCGCAAGCGAGCGCAAUUGCCGCAGCGGAUCGGGCUCUGCGCAAGCAAGCACGUGUUCUGCCGACAGAUUCAUCGAGACCACACAAGAGGCGGCGAAAGGAGAUUGCACGUCAGACCGUAAAGACGCCGGAGCGCAAGCUGUACAAGCAGAUUGGCGAGUUGAUCGUGGCAACUAUGUCCAAGCACAAAAAGUCAUUUGAGAAGGAGUCGUUCAAGCGACAUGCGAAGGAGUUGACGGAGCUGAUCUGUGCCAAGGAGCUGAAGAAAGCCAAGGAAAGAGAAUGGCCGCCGAAAGACGGGCAAGUGACACUGUCGGAGGAGAAGCGGGGCAAGAUGAAGAAGUUCGCCAAGGAGUACAUCGCCAAGAUCAUCGCGCACAAAGAGAAAGUGGCGGCAGUUGCCAAAGCCAAGACGCAACGCGAGCAAAAGGAAGGCGGAAAGUUGCGGGCGGACGAAGAGGCAGGCGUGGAAGGUAUGCUGUGA